AUGUCGGGGGUGGCAGAGAAAGCAAGAUUCUUUCUUGAAAGGUCCGUCCCACAACUGCGAGAAUGGGAACAAAAGGAGCUUUUCUCCAAGGAUGAGAUUCGCACCAUUGUGAAGAAGCGCAACGAUCAUGAGCACCGAGUGCUUUCCCCCGGGAAUCGAGCUUCCGACUGGGCAUCCUACGCAACCUGGGAACAAUCGCUUGAGUCGUUGCGCAGCAAGCGAUGCAAGCGUAUGAAGAUCCGCCAUCUUAACUCUGCCCACGCCGGGCAAGGCCGUGUACUCUCCAUCUACGAUCGAGGCGUCAAUCGUCACCCUACAAGUUCUGCUUUGUGGCGCGAGUACCUUGCCUACACAACAAAUGUCAAGGCAGCAAAACGUUAUCGGCGGACCAUGACGAACGCCCUGCGAAUGCUGCCAAAUGAUGUGCAGCUGUGGAUUAUGGCUGGAAGAAGGGCCGCUAAGAAUGGCGACAUGGCCUCAGCAAGAAGCUUCUUCAUGCGAGGAUGCCGCUUUUGCACAAAGGACGGGUCGCUUUGGAUCGAGUACGCUCGAUGCGAGAUGGAAUGGUUGGAGAAGGUGGAUAAGCGAAAGAGCAAGCCAGGAACCAUCGAUCCUCUGCGCCCGGAUAAGACGACUGGUGAUGACAAUGAGCUUGUCAUUGACGAUAGCGAGGACGAGGAUGAAGAUGAUGGCACGGUACUCCCUGAGCCCUCCACCAACCAGGCUGAAGUCAUCGAUAAACAGACCGCCAAACAGCUGCAGAACAAUCCUGCCCUAGAUGGUGCCAUCCCAAUCGCUAUUUUCGAUAUUUCACGGAAGCAGCCCUUCUUCACCCCAGACACCGCGGAGGAUUUCUAUAUCAUGCUGGCAUCUUUCCAUAACGUUUCUGUGCAGCCAAGGAUAGCACAGCACGUUCUGGAUACCCUUGAAACCGAAUACCCCAAGCACCCAGCAACUUGCAGUUGCCGUAUCAGACAACCAAUUCUCAACGUGGACCCUAUGACAGCGGAAUUCCCACGACAAUUGAGAGAGGUACUCUCGCGAUUGAAAUCGCAAAUAGAAUUGACGGAAGAUCAGUCUGCAUUGAAGCGGAAGACGAUCGUAUGGAUCGACGAGUAUUUGGCACUCGAGCACCUGGACGAAGCCAUCCGAAAGGUCUUGAGUCACACAAAAAAUAAGUUGGAAUCAUCAUAA